AUGUUCGAUGGGUUCAAUGGUGAUGACAAUUUUGGAAGUAGUGUGUUGGACAGAUCAGAGUCAGUCAACAUUAGCCAUGCGGGUGGGGAGCUGCAUGAACUCACCAGGCAAUUAAUCAGUGACUUCUGGAAAGGAAAUUCGCAGACCUGUGGUCAUCGAGCUGACUAUAGGACCAGGCGUGACAGAACUAGGUGUUGCACGGAAGCCUUUGACCAGCAAAUGUCAGCACUAACACACGCCUACCUGGACUGGAAUCUUGCUAAUGGUGGUUCAGAUGGUUCUCAGGCUAUUGAUUGUGUAGUUGUGUUGAUGCCAUCACAUUAUGCAUUAGACACUGAAAGGCUACCUCUAACUAUUCUAUUGACCGACUCUUUCAUAGCUUCAGCACUGGUCCGGCAAGGUGUCGUCCUGUGUUCACCAAUCAGCCCAUCAACUGGGGUUACAAUGCAGGCCCUCAAUUUUUAUCAUAUUGCACACCAGCGCAACCCACACUUCUCUAUUCAGGCAUAUGUUCAAUUUCACCGAUAUCUUUCAUGCCAAUUCUCGAUCAUGCUUGACGUGUACUUGCAGACUCUCUCUGAUGUCAAAUCACUGGUCCACGAAGCCAUUGGAUGCAGUAAUUCUAACUGGUGUCUGAUGCACGUGUGCCCAGCAUGUACUUACACGCUCAAAGAUGAAGACACUUUAAAAUUCCAUCUACUCUAUACGAUGGAUGGCAAUGACUCGCUCAAGCAAGUGCUUAAAAAGGUUGUACGGGAUGACUCUGAGUACCUCGAUGACGACAAUGACAUUCCUCUACCAAGGUCUGCUGAGCUACCUUCUACACAAUCUGUGGGUGGUGACCAGUACUUAACAAGGGACUACGUAAAUAGCUUCACUGGUGAUUCUUCAGUCGACAUGCUAUCAGUCGACGACAAGGAAAAUCCAUGUGCUGGACAUUGGAACAACAUGAAGGAUGAAAAAACCAGAAGAAUGUGGGGUGUGUUUGAUGAGUCUGGAAUUUUCAUGGCCGUCUGUCGCCAUGGAUUCUCUCUUAUUAUCAUGGACAUGGUUCAAAGCGGCAAACAAUCCAAAUAUCCUUUGGCAGUUGUAUCAAAACUCCUCAAGGUUUUUGGCAAGGACUUAGGCGGUGGCUAUGAUAUUGGCUGUAGGUUCAAGACUACUCUCAAUCAAAGUGUGCUGGGUCAGUCUGCGUGUGAGCUUAACCAUACAUCACUCAUCGGUGCUUUUCAUGGACACGCCCACAAACACUUGUGUCAACUUGAUCAUCUAACUACAUACGUCAAAGGUCUAGGACUUGAAAAUCUUGAGGGCUGUGAACAAACAUUCUCAAAAUUAAACACACUCACAUCUUUGGUCUGUUAUUCAAGUAUUUUUCACCGACACCAAGCUAUUGCAAAUUAUUUUCAGCAUACUGAUGACUUCGAAGUAUAUGCCAAUCUUUCUACGUUCCUAUAUAACAAUUAUACACAGGCCCUUGGUAUUCUGCACAAUGGACAGUCAAUGCUUCCGCAAUUCAUGUGUGAGCUUGGCAUCACCAAUGAUAGCAUCUUCGAAAACUGGCUGGUCGAGGAAUGUGCUUACCUAAUGUUGUUGAACCAGGAACCAAAACAGGAAACAUUACAGAUGGAAUACUGGCAGAAGCUUGUCAACAUGACUGCAAGCAAGAAAGACCUGGAUGUUGCCAGUGUGCCUUGGAGCAUAUCCACACCAUCCAGUGCUUCGUUUGGAUCACGUGAUAUCGCUACAACUAUCAGAAUUGAAACUGCACAUCGGCAUGCCAUCGAGAACUAUGAGAAAGAUCUCAAAGUCCUUGAAGUGAAGCUCAGGGAUGUGGGUUGCCUUGUAGCAAAUCGGAAGUUUCAGUGGGCCCUGGACUCUUUGGAAGGUUUAGUAGUUGCUCGUAUCUUUGAGCUAUCAAAGAUGAACCGCUACAAACUACAAAAACACAUUGGGAGAGCUUUGCAGGCUUGCUCUGCAGCUAUUCAGAUGGCACUCAACUGCUAUAACACUGCAGCAUGUGCCCUUUCACCACCUCAUGCCCGCCAAGAUGUGUCUCAACAUGCCUGGGCCACCCCCACCGGUCGUUUAGCCAUGGAUACGUACUACAAGAUGCAACACGCACGAGAAGAGAUUCAGCGACUCAAUAUCAAGGUCAAGAGAAUGGUCACAUACCUUCGAGACGAGGACUUAUACCUAUGCAAGUGUGAAAAACAACUUCAAAUCAUCCAUCCUGCACUUGCAUAUCAAGUUAGCGUCCAUUGUAACAUAUAUGCUCGCUUCACUGAACACCAUUUUUGCCGUCUAGUCAGCAUGAGCAAGCUACAUGGCUUUACAGGAUCACUGUCACCUGGAGUCACUAGCGAAGAAUCACCUGGGGCAAAAAAUGUGGAAGAUGGUAUAGUGGAUCUGGAUGACGAGGAGGGUGUGGAAGUUGAUUGGGAAGAGCAGUCGCGCAUUCUUGAGGACAUUCUCCAGGUUACCUUUGAUGUUUAA